CCAGAGUCCAUCCCCCUCUCGCACUGUUUAAAAGAAGCACACGACCCAACUCUGCAACUCGUUGAACGGUAAGGCGGUGUCCUACUGCACACGGAGUGGCUUGGGAUGGGGGUGCGGUGGAGAGCUGGGUGGACCGGUGUGAUCUGAGCGGGGUGACUGGAGCCACGCUUGACCGCCUCGCUGAGCCGCUGAAGGGGGCUGGGACCUUCCUGAGGUGUUUGUCACCAGGCAAAGGCGGUGCUGCAGCGGCUCGGAGCCUGGUGCCCGGUGGAGCAGCUCCCCCACCACCCCCACACCCACCUCAGAAGACAGCCGACCCUGGUGAAUGAAGGGAGGUGGGCGGAGGGCGGGCAAUGCCGAGGAUCGGUUCGACCGAAAGGGAGAGGCGAGCGACCCCAGUACCGAGUGUAGCAGCAGCACUGGAGCCCAGCAUGGUGAAGGAAAACCCGCUGCAAAUCCCCACGCCACCCUGCAUUGCUCUAUCCCCCUGUGCCUGGCUUCUCCUCCAAACAAACUAACCGCUCUCUUGCUGAUGUUCCCCAAAGCCCCGGCUCCAUUCCCGCCGAUGUCAGUCACAGUGAUAGAGUGCUCCAGGACCUGACCUCUCCAGUCAACCGAGUGGGGGGGAGGGGGGGGUCCAAAUAAAAAGGAAACUAAAAACUUCGCCGUCUCCGUCAUGAUCGGUGCCCUGGCUGGGUUUUCAGUGGCGAGUUUACUGACCUUCGGUUACUUGUCCUGGGACUGGCUGGAACCUGAACUCCAAGCCCCGGGUUUGCAGGAUCCCGACAGCAAGACCGCCUCCAGACCGCACAUCAUCUUCAUCCUCGCUGACGACCAGGGCUUCCACGAUGUGGGCUACCACGGCUCCGAGAUCCACACCCCGACCCUGGACAGACUUGCUGCGCAAGGAGUUAAGUUGGAGAACUACUACAUCCAGCCCAUCUGCACCCCGUCCAGGAGCCAGCUCAUGACAGGCCGGUACCAGAUACACACAGGACUUCAGCACUCUAUCAUAAGGGCUGGGCAGCCUAAUUGUAUACCCCUUGCCAAUGUAACACUACCUCAAAAACUUCAAGAAGCUGGCUACUCAACACAUAUGAUUGGAAAAUGGCAUCUAGGCUUUUAUAAAAAGGAGUGUCUUCCUACACGAAAAGGAUUUGAUACCUUUUUUGGAUCACUUACUGGAAGUGGUGAUUAUUACACCCACGAUAUCUGCGAUGGACCCAAGAGUUGUGGCUUUGACUUGCAUAAGGAUGAAAAUGUAGCUUGGGAGUACCGAGCUCACUCUUAUUCAACCUUCCUGUAUACCCAAAAAGCAAUUGAUAUUUUGGAAUUGCACAACCCUAAAGAGCCAAUCUUUCUCUACAUAGCUUUCCAAGCUGUACACACACCUCUGCAGGUACCUAAAAAGUACCUGGGCCGGUACUUGUCAAUUGAGAAUAUAGGCCGGCGGAGAUAUGCUGCUAUGGUUACGUGUUUGGAUGAGGCAGUGAAUAACAUUACAAAGGCAUUAAAAAAAUAUGGCUACUAUGACAAUACUGUGAUAAUCUAUUCCUCAGACAACGGAGGCCAACCAUUAGCUGGGGGGAGCAACUGGCCACUUCGUGGGCGGAAAGGAACUUACUGGGAAGGAGGAAUUCGUGGUAUUGGCUUUGUCCAUAGUCCUCUAAUAAAAAACAAAGGGAGUGUGAGUCAAGGAUUGAUGCACAUUACAGACUGGUACCCGACUCUAGUGACACUGGCAGAGGGAGAACUUGAGGAGAAUUUGGGACUUGAUGGAUAUGAUGUAUGGGAAACAAUCAGUGAAGGUAAACCUUCUCCACGGACUGAUAUACUGCAUAACAUUGAUCCUCUUUACACACGUGUUAAAACCAGAUCACCUCAUGAUGGAUUUGGAAUUUGGGACACAGCUAUCCAGGCAGCAAUCCGAGUUAGAGAUUGGAAAUUACUCACCGGGAACCCAGGCUUCAGUGACUGGAUCCCACCUCAAACCUUCCCAAAUUUUGGCGGGAAGUGGUGGAAUCUUGAAAGAAUAAUAUGGGCCAAAGGAAAAUCGGUUUGGCUGUUUAACAUUACAGCUGAUCCGUAUGAAAGAGUUGACCUUUCUCAGCAGUAUCCUGAGGUUGUCAAAAGGUUGCUGUUGAGACUUGCACAGUAUAACAAAACUGCAGUUCCUGUCAAGUACCCACCAAAAGACCCAAGAAGCAAUCCUAAUCUCAAUGGUGGUGCUUGGGUGCCAUGGGACAAUGGGGAUGAUGAGGAAAAUAACCAAAUUAAUAGCAAUGCAGGAGAAAGGCCCUGCAACAUCUGUAAUACCAUACUACGUUUCAAAAAACCCGUUUGGGGUUAAUGCUCACUUUAGAAAUUUAAGUUAUAUAAAAGAAAUAUGUCUAAUUAGUGCUAUGAUAGCACUUUACACUUUAAAAAUGGUGCUAGUAUUAGUAAUUUGUGAUAUAUCAGCAAUAAAUUAAUGUACAAUCUGGGGAGGGUGUUUUAUCUUCCCUGCCACCCUCACAGGACCAACAGAUAAUUAAUGAGGGCUGCUCGGGAGAAGGACAGGGCCUCCCUCCCUCUGCACUUCACUCACCAGUAUCGUGAGAUACAGGGUGAAAGCUGUAAAUAUGUCUUUAUUUUUACAGAAUGCAUAGAUUUGUAUCAGCAGAAAUCCAAGACAUCCCUUUCUUCUCAGGUGUACUUAAAAAUAUAUUUUUGCUAGCAUUUGGGUCAAGUUUGGGAACAUGUGUUUCUAAUGAUAAUGUUUAUAUCAGAUUUCUAAUUGAA